ACAACCCCUCAAUUACACCACCUACUAAUAGUGUCUGCCUAUAACACUCGUACAUGAUAAUAGCUGGCAGGCGUGGAUUUUUCCCCUCACUCGUGAGAUCAAAUACUUACAGAACACAAGCGACUGCUUCGUCUGAUGUCCAAACAAUCACACUAGCGCCAUCUCCCAAACCCACCGUCGUGAGCCGCAUCUGCCUCUUACAUCAUCCCACAGCAUCCCACGCAAUCAAUUGUCGUUCUGGGUAGACGUCAACAUCAACGACAAGGCUGUCAUCUAAUAUUGAUGCCCCUCCUUCGGUGACCAGUGACGCUCAUUGAGACAACCGGACUGUGCUACCAUUCCUAUUCAGGCCAUCACAUCGGUCAGCCCCAUGAGACUACUUACUUCAGGUACCACACUCGUUAGCCUCCAAUAAGCUCUGCCCGGGUGUCCGCUACGCCUGGCGACCCCGGCUCUUAGGUACCUCCUGUAGGACAAGAUCUAGGCAACAUCUUGAGAGGACAACUUCCCAAACUCGUAGAGGAUACCCUCAGAGGUGGGCAAGCCACUGCGGCUCGUGCAACUUCUUCAAGGUGUGGCGGCGUUGCGUUCAUAGCCUGGAGUGUAUGCUAUAACACAUAACCCACCAUGGGCGACCAACCCAACGGCGGCCAACGGGGGCCAUUCCCCUGGGAGCUUGGCAUCUUCGACGCCCACUGCCAUCCCACAGACACGAUGGACUCUAUCCCGGCCAUCCCGACCUCUAUGAGAGCCCGCGUCUUGACCGUCAUGGCGACCCGGUCCCAGGACCAGCACCUGGUGGCACAGGUAGCGGACGAGCACGGCUUCACUUGCACGAGUCGCCAAGCCAUCGCCUCUAGUUCCGCCUCCAGUUCCGCCUCCGACGGCCAGCAUGGCUCCCACAUCCCUAACAAAAUCGUACCGGCCUUUGGCUGGCACCCGUGGUUCUCUCAUCAGCUAUACGACGAUACCUUGGCCCGAGACCAAGCCACGUACGAUCCGGAAUCAUCCGAUCUGGCCAGCGAGAAACUGCGGCACUACAAUGCAGUACUUACCCCUCCACCAAGGGGUAAAGAUGACGAUGGCUUCAUAGACCAGCUUCCUACGCCCCAGCCACUGUCGGAGCUGCUGUCACAGACACGGAAAUACCUAGAGGCGCAUCCUCUCGCCCUCGUAGGUGAGGUUGGCAUCGACAAAGCGUUCCGCCUCCCGAGCCCUGGGGUCUUCGUCUCCAACCCAGAAGCCAGCAUGACACAAGGGCGACGCAACGGCGAGCGUCUAUCACCAUACCGGGUGAACAUGGACCACCAGAUACGGAUCAUGAAGGCUCAGUUAAACCUCGCCGGCCAGACUGGCCGGCCUGUGAGUGUCCACGGUGUACAGGCACACGGCGUGCUGUACAACGCGAUAAAGUCCACCUGGAAAGGCCACGAGAGGGCGGUCGUGACGAACAGGGAGAGGAAAAGGAUAGCAAAGGGCGUCAACGAGGAUUUCUCUUCGUCCUCCGAAGACGAGAGCGACGAUGAGGGCAGCAGCGCAAAUGUCAAGACAAGAAAGCAGUACAAGCCCAGACCGUACCCGCCCCGCAUCUGCCUGCACUCCUAUACCGGCACCGUCGACGUCCUGAAGCAAUACACAAACGACCGCGCCUGCCCGGCCAAGAUCUUCUUCUCCUUCAGCCUUUGUGUCAACUACUCUACCGGAGGGCACGAGCGCGACAGGAAGAAACACCUCGCGGACGAUGUCAUCCGUGCGUGCCCCGACGACAGGAUCCUGGUCGAGAGCGACCUGCAUACCGCCGGGCAGCAGAUGGACGACAUGCUCGAGGAGAUGUACCGCAAGGUCUGCGAGGUUAAAGGCUGGGGGCUGAGGGAGGGCGUGGAGAGGAUCAGGGAUAACUAUCUCGAUUUCAUAUUCGGGCCUACGACCUGACAUUCCCACCGUUUGGGCUUGCCCUCGCUCCCGAAAUCGUGGUCUAGGGAGUAGACCAGGUGGCAGCGUGACCUCGAAAGCUUCGUGUAUACGGCCACACAUACAGUUUUCACUUGUCUUCAUCAUAUGGAGAUAGAAAUCAGAACCCUUCCAGCACCAUUCUGGCAGUCCAGGCUUGGGCAUUGGCUCGGUACAUCGCCGUUUGUUUCGUUUUACUUUUACCCGCAUCCCUACCGUUCAGCUGGAGUACAUCCUCCGGCUACGUACAGAAUCUCCCGAGGAAGGUGGCGUAAGCGAAGCCCCGUGGGCUCAAAUCUGCGCAGACAGGGGCCUCGGCAUCGGCUCUGAAGCCAACACAAGUCGGGCGACUGGCCGGCUUCAAGUUGAACAGCCGGGAGUCUCGGUAUCGCCGUCUAACUCUACUAAACUUGACGGCACGGGCCAAGCUGGCCGGGAUGAAUGAAGCGACUUGUUACACCCCACUGCGAUUGAAGGCGCAGAUCUUCGCUGGGAAGCUGGAGCUCCCUGGCUCGGUCUGUUGGCUUGGGCAAGCCACCCGGCAGGACGGGUGUGACCAGGAGAAAUGUGACAGAAGAAUAAAUGAUAUAAGGCGAAGCGAGAGCCAUCAAACAGGAAAUCCUCCGUCUGUGCUCAACGCAAUCCGUGUGGCAGCUGUUGGUGGCAUCACCGAGCCGCACACGUGCACCACAAGAUGUGCAGACGCCUUCCCAUUCUGAGAUAUCUGUGCAUAGCCUCAACAAGAUAUUUC